CGUUUUCAACUGGCGGAACUGAAGGGGGAGCAGCAAACGGCCUGGUUAGACGUGCAGUCGUUUUUCAAGCCUGGGAUAUUUUGAUAGCUAUUUAAUCCUGUUGUGUUCGAGUGUUCUGUAUCGAAACCGCUGAUGAUAGUGUUUAAAGUGCUGUUGCUUCGCCUCAGAUCGAGUUUCUCACGCUUUCUGUUCUGCUCCGGUGUCGGUCGGGUGUGUUGUGUGUGCGAUACUAAUAGGUGUAGGUGAAGCUGAUUGAAGGCUAAAGCAGACAUCAUCAUCAUGCUGGAGGAAUCUACAUCGCACCCAGACUGGUUGAAUGAAGAAGUCAAAACAGGGACUACAAUCAUAGCUGUUACGUUUGAAGGCGGAGUUGUCGUCGGUUCAGACUCACGUGUGUCUGCUGGGGAGUCAGUGGUAAAUCGAGUUAUGAACAAACUUUCUCAGCUCCAUGAUAAGAUCUACUGUGCUCUGUCCGGGUCAGCAGCUGAUGCCCAGACCAUCGCUGAGAUAGUGAACUAUCAACUGGAUGUGCACAGUAUUGAACUGGAAGAAGAUCCCCUGGUUUGCUCAGCUGCCACAUUAGUGAAAAACAUUACCUACAAGUAUAAAGAGGAACUAUCUGCACAUCUGAUUGUUGCAGGUUGGGACAGGAGGAGUGGAGGACAGGUUAGUGACAAACUACUGACUUGAAUGGUGCAGAAAUAUUAAAAUUGUAGUAGGAAUCUAUGCUUAAUAUGCAUACUAAGUCCCCAAAUUGCUGGUGUGUUUAUACAUUUAUAGGUGUACGUGACGUUGGAUGGUCUACUGUCUCAGCAACCGUUUGCUAUCGGUGGCUCUGGUAGUUCCUACAUCUAUGGGUUUGUUGACGCAGAAUACCGGACAGGCAUGACACGAAAAGAAAGUCAGAAGUUUGUUGUAGAUGCACUGACACUUGCUAUGAACAGAGAUGGUUCUAGUGGAGGCGUGGCUUACCUUGUUACCAUUGAUGAGAAGGGAGCAGAGGAGAAGUGCAUUCUGGGAAAUGAACUACCCAAAUUUUUUGAUGAAUAAAAUGGAGGGCACAGAAAAACAA